AUGUCCUCCGCAGAACCUGGCACCCCCAAUGUCUCUGCACAGUUCACGAAGGUCCAACGCCAAUACCAGCAGCUGCUUGACCGCUUAACGCCCUUCGUGCUGUACAGAUGGCUGGGCACGGCAGGGCUGUUAUCGAUAUUUAUGCUCAGAAUACUGUUCUCGCAGGGAUGGUUUAUUGUUUGUUACGCGCUCGCAAUUUACCUCCUCAACCUCCUACUCGCCUUUCUCCAGCCCAAGUUUGACCCCUCUCUGCAGGAUGACCUGCUGGCGGACGAGAUCGAGGGGGGCGGUGAGGAUACAGGUGCCUCGUUGCCGUCACAGCGAGAUGAUGAGUUCAGACCGUUUGUGAGGCGGUUGCCAGAGUGGCAGUUCUGGUUAUCUGCAACCAAGGCAACGUUCCUUGCAUUGCUCGCGACUAUGUCUGAAAUCUUCGACAUCCCCGUGUACUGGCCAAUCCUUGUCAUAUAUUGGUUCAUCCUCUUCACGCUCACGAUGCGCCGGCAAAUACAGCAUAUGAUCAAGUACAAAUAUAUUCCGUUUGAUUUCGGUCGCAAAGUGCGCUAUGGUAGCCGAUAG